CCCGUGGCCCCCCUUGCCUGCUGUGUUGCAGUGUUGAGGUUUUGUCGAGCUGUUGUCCAUGUGAAGCAACAACACAAUUAUCUGAGUAAUACAACGGUAAUACAAAUCCCUCUUUCCCGGAAGAAAAGAAACUUUUCGUCCAUGUUUUGCUCCAUUACUAGCAUAACUGAAGUGCGGAGUAGUGCAGAGCAGCAACCGAUAACCGAUCGAUGCGUUGCGGGUAUACAGUGGAGUAGCAUGCUUCUCCUGCUGGAUCAAACAAUGCAGGAUCCAUCAUCCAUGUCGACGGCGGUCACGGCCCCUGCCUCCUCUGAGGUCAAGCCGGCGUCGAGGAAGGUAUGCUUGAUCGGCGCGGGGUACGCCGGGCUGGCGGCGGCGCGCGAGCUGCGGCAGGAAGGCCACGCCGUGACAGUGCUUGAACAAAGCGCCGACGUGGGCGGCCAGUGGCUCUACGACCACGAUCCCAACGGCCACAGCAGCAUCUACGCCUCGCUCCGGGUGCUGAGCCCCCGCGAGCUCAUGGGCUUCUCGGGCUUCCAGUUCCUGCCCAGGAACAGCAGCAAUGGCGGCCGUGACGCGCGCCGCUUCCCGGGCCACCGCGAGGUGCAGCGGUUCCUCCGGGACUUCUGCGACGCGUCUGGGCUCCUCGACUCCAUCAGGUUCCGCACCAGGGUCCUGCGCGUCUCCUCCAUGACCAUGGCACCGCCACGGCACGGCCAGGAGGAGCCGCCGAAAUGGGUCGUCAAGGCGGAGGAUCAGGCGGCCGGCGUCGUGGAGGAGGAGGUGUUCGACGCCGUCGUCGUGGCCACGGGUCACUACUCGCACCCAAGGCUGCCACGCAUCGACGGCAUGGCGGAGUGGGGGCGGAGGCAGCUGCACAGCCACUGGUACCGAGUGCCGGAGCCGUUCCGGGGCGAAACGGUCGUGAUCGUCGGCUCCGGCGACAGCGGCCGGGACAUCGCGCUGGACAUCCUCGCCGUGGCCAAGGAAGUGCACAUCGCCGCGAAAUCCACGGAAGCAGCAGCCACCAUGGCGAUGCGCAAGACGCUGGCCAGGCACCCGCACCUGCACCUGCACCCGCAGGUGCGCCGCCUGUGCGCCGACGGGCAGGUGGUCUUCUCCGGCGCCGGCGGGGAAGAAGACAGCGUGGUGGUGCUGGCCGACAGCGUGGUCUACUGCACCGGGUACCGCUACUCGUUCCCGUUCCUGGACGCGGACCAUCAGAUCGCCGUGGACGAGGAAGGCGGAGCCGUGGCCCCGCUGUUCGAGCACACGUUCCCGCCGUCCAUGGCGCCCUGGCUCUCCUUCGUGGGGGUCCCGAGGAAGGUGCCCGUGCCGUGGUUCUUCGAGGCGCAGGGGCGGUGGAUCGCGCGGGCGCUGUCCGGGAGGACACCGCUGCCGCCGGAGCCCGAGAUGACGCGCCGUGUCCAGGAGCGGCGCCGCGCCAUGGAGCUCCAAGGCGUGCCCGUGGACCGUGCCUAUCACCUCCAGCCUCAGGAAGUGUUGGAGUUCUGGGAGAAGUACUGUGGCGACUUGCCGCCGGUGGAGGAGUGGAAGAGCGAGCUUAUGGAGGCCGUCAGCCGGGACUUUGAGGACGACAUGGAGACCUUCCGCGACCGCGCCGAUGACGACGACAGCCUCAGCGAGAAUGUUCGGAUGGGCCUCCAGAGAUGGUACGGCCUGUCCGCUCAGGCUCAUCAAGAUCAAGACUUGGGUGGUGGUGGUGCUGCUGCUCCUGGAACCACGGCCGAUCAACUUUAG